UUUCUCUUCAGUUAGUAUUUAGUGGCAAAGGGGAAUUUACGUCGCAGUCGCUGUUGCACACGGCAAGUGUGGUUGAAAAUAAUAUCAUGUCUUCUGGGACUGGAAACUUCAAGAACCCUUUUCCUAGGCCAUGGAUGAAAGAUUCUGGUGCAGCGGCUGCGGCCGGAGGUGGUGGAGCAGUUGGUGCUAAAGGAGUUGUAGCCGGUGGUAUAACAGGAGGCAUUGAAAUUUGUAUCACAUUCCCAACAGAAUAUGUAAAAACACAGCUCCAAUUAGAUGAAAAAGGUGGCACCAGAAAGUACACCGGCAUAUGGGAUUGCGUCACAAAGACGGUCAAAGGCCAUGGAUUCUUCGGUUUAUAUAGAGGGCUCAGUGUGCUGUUGUACGGAUCUAUACCGAAAUCGGCUGUCAGAUUCGGCGUAUUCGAGCAAGCGAAACAGUUCAUGGUCACUGCGGAUGGUACUCUCACCACCGCCGGCAAACUUGGUUGCGGUUUGGCCGCCGGCGUCGCCGAGGCGGUCUUCGCCGUCACCCCCAUGGAGACCGUCAAAGUCAAGUUCAUAAACGACAUGAGGACGGAGAAGCCGAGGUUUAAGGGGUUCUUCCACGGAGUCAGGACUAUUGUGAGAGAGGAAGGUGUUGGCGGAGUGUACAAAGGUGUGACAGCGACUGUGAUGAAGCAGGGCAGCAACCAAGCCAUCAGGUUCUUCGUGAUGGAGUCCCUCAGGGACUGGUACAAGGGCGGGGACAGGGACAAGCCCGUGCCUAAGUACAUCGUCGGAUUGUUUGGUGGUGUUGCUGGUGCGGCCUCGGUAUUCGGCAACACGCCAAUCGACGUAGUCAAAACCCGCAUGCAAGGUCUCGAAGCUGCUAAAUACAAGAACACUCUUGACUGUUUCCUCAAGAUCUGGAAACACGAAGGCCCCCUGGCCUUCUACAAAGGUACAGUGCCUCGCCUCAGCAGGGUAGUGUUCGAUGUGGCCAUCACGUUUACUAUAUACGACAGUAUAAUGGACAUGUUCAAUCUAGUUUGGAAGUAGUGAUGUGCGUUAAUGGUAUGGGAUUGUUGAAAAUGGCCGCCAUCUUGUAAUUAUAAAAUAUCGCUAAUACAAUACGUAUAAGCGAUAAUUUGUUCAAAUCGCGGACAGUCCCGUUAGAAAUAUAAUUAAUUGAUUCUGAAACUGCUUGGUUGAAGCAAAAACAAUUAUUAUUAACAAUUUAUAAAUUUUAAGACAACGAACACGUUAAUAAAAAUGUUGUAACAUUAUGGCGGCCAUUUCGUCAUCGUAUAAAAAGACCAAUCAUCGAAUUUUAUCUCCAAGUGACGUUGAAUUUCAUCCCAAAUGAUGUUUGUUAUAAGAAAUGGAAGCAUUCAAUUGUAGCUUCAUAUGUAUGCUUGCCCAGAAAUAAAGCAGAAUUAAAGUAUAAAACUAGGUACAACGCUAUAAUUUCUCAGAAAUAAUCUUAAAAUGUACUAUAACAGGUCAGUUUAUAUUAUUAGUCAGUUUAUAUUACAGGUUAGUUUAUAAUUUCUCAGAAAUAAGCUUAAAAUGUACUAAAACAGGUCGGUUUAUAUUCGACGAUAGUGCACUAUUUUCAAAUCACAUCACUAUCACUCAAUAUGACAUAUCUAUAUGAUGUUGCUCUAUGAAACGCAGAACUAGCGCCCUCAUUAACAGGUCUGCUAUAUUUCCGGUCAAGCGUUAAAAGUGCUUUAUAGUUGUACAAAUAUCUCGGGCAGCGCUCGGGCUAGUUUUAAGUAGGAAGAUUGAAUAUUUGGGUGUGGCACACAUUUUUCACCGUUAGAUGUUGCUUAUGUUGACGUCACAAUUAAUUUAAUACGUAAGCGUAAUUAAAAUGAAAUAAUGCAGGAAAUACACUCAUGUAUUUGACGCAGUUUGUUGGGCGGUAUGUUGACAGUUUUACUAUAAGGUUCGUGUAUAUUAAGGGCAAAUGUUUUAUAAUUUACUGUACCAAUUACGAUUUUCGAAGUUAUGUACAUUAGUUUGAUAACUAACCGAAGCUCUUACUGUAAAGGAAACCUGCACAUUCAGGCAACUGGAUGUGUAACCAUGUUCGGUCCAAUACGGGUUAGGUUCUCCUGCAAAGGUUCUGGAAGUCAGACGGGAAUCUCUUCGUGUAAAAACCUGAAUCACCCAAUCCAGGACCCAUGGUGAAGGGCUUACCCCGGGCUCCUCUCCAAAUUGGUGAGGAUCCAACCGGAACUAAAGCCUGGAGAAGUUUUAUAAUUUACUGCCAUUGAUAUAUUUUUCAGUCUUUACCUGAGUUAAUAUUUAAUAAAACUAAAACAAAGGUUACUACCAUGUAAUGAUGUGAUAGAAGCGGUAAUUCCGUAUAUACUUUAAGUAAUACAUUUAAAUAAAAAGAAAAUAGGUACAUUAUGUGCUACACCCGAUGGUUUUCUAACAUCGAAAGAUAUAUUUUUGUAGGAUGCUUAAAUGUUCGUAAUGUUGUUGAUAUAUUGAUACUGACUUCAGGGUUUCUUUGUACAAGAUCCGUGUGAAUUAAGUACACAUGUUU